AACGACAUCACUUAUCCACAACACAUCCAUUCACUUCAGGGGAAACUACCAGCUGCGUGAAGCUUUAGAGAUCCACUCUGUUCAUCAGAAGAACGUCACGUCUUUUUUGCUGACGCUUUCUGAAAUAUAUAUAUAUAUAUAUAUUUUUUUUUUGGAGAAGCUUUUUUUUAUUUUAUUUUUUUUUUUUACGCAAACAGUUUUGUCUUUUGACAGCUUAAACAAUGAGGUGUUUGAUAUUUGCUUUGGCCGUGAUUCUCUCUCUCUGUCAGUUUGGAAGAAAUCCGGUUGAUGCGGGGAUGUGCUGGCUGCAGCACGGUCCAGACCACCGGUGUGACAUGGUGCUGAUGAGAGAGGUGAGCAGAGAGGAGUGCUGUGAUGGGGGUCGCCUGGACACAGCGUGGUCCAACACCAGCCUGCCGCUGAAUGAAGUCAGCCUGCUGGGCUUCCUGGGUAUCGUCUCCUGCAAACCAUGCAGAGACUCAUGCGAGGGUGUCAAAUGCAGUCCCGGGAAGGUUUGCAAGAUGAAAAUGGGAAGGCCUCAGUGCGUGUGCUCUCCAGACUGCUCUCACAUUCCUAGGAAGCACGCCGUCUGCGGCAGCGACGGCAAGUCUUACCGGGAUGAGUGUGCCCUGCUGAUGGCCCGCUGCAUGGGACACCCGGACCUGGAAGUCAUGUAUCAGGGAGAGUGCAAAAAGUCGUGCUCCAAUGUUGUGUGUCCGGGAACCCACACCUGUGUGACCGACCAGACCAACAGCGCCCACUGCGUCAUGUGCCGCACCUCGCCUUGCCCCGUUGUGGCAUCCGAGCAGCAGAUCUGUGGCAACGACAACAUCACCUAUCAGAGCGCCUGCCACCUCCGCAGGGCCACCUGCUUCCUCGGACACUCCAUAGGAGUCCGCCACUACGGCCACUGCAACAGUCCACCUCGGAACUCGCACAAAUUCAGGACCAGCGAGGAGAACGCCGUGUAGAAUCUCUUCCUCCCACAGGAUAUGAGUCGAUCAACCAAGAUUUCACACCUCCGGCUUCCCAAGAUGACCUCUUGAGUUUGACAAUCACUUCCAAUCUCCUCACUGUGCACAGAAAGAUUGUAGGAAGACGCACAUUGUGUUAUCCCUGUUUUGUGGGAGGCAGAUCAAUGUGUGUUUUGGCAUGAGCUCUUUGGGAGAUGUGUGCAUAUUGUAAAUAGGUUACCAAUACUAUUUAUUGGAGAAGGUAUAUAACUCUAUUUAUGAUUUUAUCCCGAUAAUUAAUUCAUUUAACCUUGGGGAAGCUAAUUGUUUUUUGUUAAAGGUACAUUAUCUGUCAUAGGCUUUGGUAUUCACACCUUCUUUAGAUAAUUUUAUACCCAUUCCA